AUGCGCCAAUCAAAGCCAAACAUUGUUCCUUCAGCUUCCAUGUUCGCCCUCGUAGCGUUCUCCAUGAUGAUGUUCCUAACAGUAUACGAGAAGAUCCUCGUGCCUCUUUUGAGACGCGCCACGGGAAACGAAAGAGGCAUAGCGUUUUACCUUAGUGUGCUUGGUGCGGCUAGCUUUGCCAACAAUCUGUUGAUAACGGUUGGUGAUCGUUUAGCCGAGGCAAUCUCCGGGAAGACCUUAACAGCAGCCGCUUGGGCCGUUUUUAUUGGAUGA